UUGUUUCCUAGUAAAACUAUUGUAACUUAUAACUACUGUACUGUAUCAUCUUAAGCUUUCAAAUGGGAUCUGCAAGGUCUUUUAGGUAUUUUACAUCCACUGCUCCUUUGCUGACAGCUUUCUGGUCACGUUGGUUUUGUUUGUUUGCUGCUGCAAUAACUUUACUAUCUACUACUGCACUUACAUCUGGUCUGGAGCUUCAACAAGUUGUCAUUAUUUCACGGCAUGGAAGCAGGGGCUUCCUAACCAAAGACCACACCACAUUACAGGAAACUGCAGACAGUCCAUUGACCAUACGUGGAAUGGACCAAAUGUACAGAGCUGGGCAGUAUGUCCGUCAGCUUUAUAACAGCACUACUACAAGCUUUCUUAGUGAAGGGUAUAAUGGGAGUGAAGUAUAUGUGAGGUCAAGCGAUUAUCAAAGAACUCUUAUAAGUGCUCAAAGUUUUCUACUUGGACUGUAUCCUCCCAGAGAGCAAACCUUAACCAAUUAUGCUGGGGUGUUUAAAGCUCCGUAUGACAUUCAACAGGUACCAAUACAUACAGUUCCAGUAAGGGAAGAUCAGCUUCUUCGAGGAUGGUUAAGGUGCCCAACCAUCCAAAAUAGAAUCAGUGAAUUUUAUAAAAGUGAAACUUUCAAGAAGAAGGAGAGAGAUAAUGCUGAUUUUCUGAAAACUUUGGAAAGUAUCACUGGCAUGAGUGACAUAGAUUUGAAGGAUUUUUACAAUGUAUAUGACUUUAUCCAUCUUCAUCGGGUUUAUGGUAAAAUGUACCUCAACUUAACAGAAGAACAGUGGAAUAAAGUUGUGGAUCUUGCUGACUGGCUAGAGUAUCAUAAAUACAAGAAAGAGAUGGUAGAAAGUAUGGGAGCAGGAUUGUUGGUCAAUGACAUUGCACAGAACUUUAUCAAUACCACUAAGAACAGGAGAAAAGCUAAGUUGUUGUACUACUCAGCUCACUACCCAACCAUAGUGUCAUUAUUCUCAGUUCUUGGAGUCAAUCAAAUAAACAAAACCCUUCAAACCAUUCCAUACUACGCAUCUCUGGUAUUCAUUGAACUACUGAAAGGAGAUAAUCAAGAUUACUAUGUGAGGUUUGCCUUUAGAAAUGGCUUGGAAAGUGACACAAAGGAUUCCUUUCAGUAUUACGCAAUACCAGGAUGUGAUAGAAAAGCUUGUCCUCUUAAAACGUUUAACAAGUUACUAGGGUCUCUUGAAGUACGAAACAUCGAGGCGUGGUGCCAGAUGUGUAAUAAUAAUGAUCUGGAUGCUUGUGAGGUUGGCUAUGUAUACAAAAGGAAACUAGCCAUGACAGCAGUAGGUGGAUUUUUCGUCAGAGUCUUCGUAACUACCAUUGCAACUAUCCUGAUGGUUGGUUGCUGGUUCUUCUGCCUCAAGAAAAGAUGCCUGCCCGGGGAUAACUACCGCCCUAGAAGAGGUUUACCUGAUCUUGAACACCGCGGACCAUUGGCUGGAUCGAUUUGAGGUAGCUUUGUUUCUCCUAGGGUGUUUUUCUCCCUUUCACUGUAGGUUUUUUUCUGGCUUAAGUCUGGUUUUCCUCCCUAAAUUCCAAUUCGAUGUUUGACUUAGCCAUGCCCUGACUUAGAUCAGUUAAGAGGUUGUUUCAGGGUUGAAUCUUUUAGCUAGCC